CGGCCUUGAUCAGCCUUAAAGUUGUGCUGCUUGAUUCGUAUCAACGACACUUUUAAAAGAUUCCAAGAAACGAUGUGUGAAGAAAAAGUCACGCUGUAUAACGUUGGAACAGACACAAACGAACCGAUUCAAAACUUGAGUUUGCCAUCAGUAGCAGUAACAACAGCACCACCAGCCGUUGCCGUAGCCGCCACCGUCGUCGGCACUCGCCACAGCAGCUCGGACGACAAUGACGAAGAGAACAACAGUGGUAUCAAUGGCAAAUGCGUGCCGACCCUGCGUUUCCCGCAGAAACUCUGGCACAUCGUCAACGAGUCCAACAGCAAAUCCAUCUGUUGGGGCCCCAGCGGCGAGACAAUCCUACUGAAUUACGAGGACUUUCAUCAGGAGUUUUUGCUCAAACCCAAUCUAGUAUUCAAAACUACAAACAUCACGAGUUUUGUGCGUCAACUGAAUCUUUACGGCUUUCGCAAAGUCAACUCGCAUAACCGUCACGACUUGAGCAAAAAUUUCAAUCGCGAGAUCAACCCGCUCGAUGCCGUAAAUAAGCCUUACUGUAUACACGAGUUUUUACACGAAUUCUUUAGAGCUGGCAGACCCGAAUUGCUAUCGCGAGUUUGCCGGAAAACUAAAACCAAAGCCAAAAAGAAGCUGCAGCCAAAAACCGGUAGAUCGCAGAUUAUUGUUGGGCAAAAAACCAUAAGCUCAAGUAAACUGAAAGCUUGUCGAAUGGCUCUUAAAAAAGCAUUGAAUCAAGCAAAAAAGCAAUAUUGGAUACAAAAAUUAAAACAAUCUAGAAUAUCGAAUGAAUGUAAUGCCGAGAGAGUCUUAAGACCACAACAAACUAAUAUCGCCUGUGAUAUUGCGACACAGAGUGUAGAAACAUCAACCGAUCAAGAAAUUGAAAUCAUUUUGCAGGAUCUAAUUGAACUAGAAAAUACUCCGUGUCAAAAAAUUUCUGAAAUAGAUUUGUUAUCAUCAAAUAAUUCACUUCAAUGCAAUGAAGAAAUUCAGUGGGAAGAAAUAUUAAAUCUGACCACUCAAAAUGCAAUUACACUAUCAGUAUUACAGUGAUUGUGAGUUAAUAUUUCUUUUUUUUUUUCUUUUAAAGAAUUUCUAUUAAAU